AUGGCAUCCAGCUCAACACCACGCAGAUAUCCUCUGGUAAAACUGCCACACCCCUUUCUCACCGAAUACAGAGUGCAGACUGUCGCCGAAACUACGCCCGCUAAACUCACCUUAGCACCCCUUGGCCAGCCUCCAGCAGGAUGCCCACUUGCACAACCUCUUCACAAUGACACUCUCUCGUGGAUGGAACUAUCAUUAGCACCUAAAGAUGACCGUCCCCCGACCUCAAAUAACAGCGCAUGGGCACGCGCGCGCCGAAGCCCCCAAACCACCUUCCACUGGACAGGCAACGGCACUCCAUCUCUGGGCCAGAUCUGGAACAUAAUCCACGCCAUCUACACAGCUCACCCAACACAUGAGUACUUCCGCGUCACCCUUGUCGGCACCGGCAACGACAUCAUUCGCGCCGAACUCCUCACAACUGGUCUCGGAAUCGAGCACCCUGCCCAAUGGCACCCGAAGUUCAAGACCACCACCCGCCCCGACGACUUUCUCAUUCUCCGCAGCGCAUUCUGGCAGGGUGCUGCAUCACCUGCUGGCCCGCGUCCCAUCUGGGCAGUGGGAGAUGGCACAGACGGACCCCUCCGCGAGCCAUUGGCCCAGUACCCCAUCAUGCCCGAGAACUACGAGGUCACGAUGAAAUUCCCCGACGAGCCAGUCUACACCCGCCACCCCACACGCCGCCCCAAGCCGCACCCAGGAUCCAUCGUCUACAGUCGCUACAUCCCCGAGAUCGCAGAGCACUUCUCCCUCGAAGUCGUCAACUACGAAGACACAACCCACCUCGCGCUCUUCAACAAAUGGCAGAACGACCCGCGCGUCGCGCAGGGCUGGAACGAGACAGGCACACUGGACGAGCACAGGAAUUACCUCCGCAAACUCCACAAUGAUCCCCACGUCCUCUGCCUCUUCGGUCGCUUUGAUAACACCCGCUUUGCAUAUUUCGAGCUCUAUUGGUCAAAAGAAGACCAGUACGGUGCCCACUACGACGCCGCGCCCUACGACCGCGGUCGCCACUCCCUCGUCGGCGACGACUCCUUCCGCGGCGCCCAGCGCGUCAACGCCUGGUACUCCUCGUGCAUCCACUACUGCUUCCUCGACGACGUGCGGUGCGGGAAUGUGGUCGGCGAGCCGAAGGCGACGGGGGGGACGAUUCUGAGCUAUGAGAAUGCGCAGGGGCUGACGAUUGGGAAGUAUGUGGAUCUGGGACAUAAGAGGAGUGUGCACUCGGUUUGUAGUCGUGAGAAGUGGUUUCAGCUUUGUCCGAUCUUUUGGGAUGGGAGGGAGAGGCCGUUGGAGAGUGCGGAUCGGGCGGCGUGGAAUGCGAAGCUUUAG